AUGGCGUUGACUGACUCGUGGUCGUCGCCGACGCAAUUCCGUGCAGCGAGCGGUGAGGGGCGGCGAUGGAGGUACAACCGGAGGGGAGCUAUAACCGUCGCCCGUGGAGCUGCAAUCGCAGGCGCAGCUGUUGCAUGGAUUGGUAGUUUUGACUACAACCAUUCAAUGGCGAGAAUGGCCGGCGAGGGUGGGGACCCACCAGGAGGACGGCCGGCGAGGGUGGGGACCGACCACGAGGACGGCCGGCGACGAGAACGGCCAUCGGAGGGGACUGCAGGCGCGGCGACGAGGAUCCUGAGCGGGAGUUGCAGAUCCAACCCGAGGAAGAAGAAGACGUGGGCGAACGUUGCGUUGCAUACCGCAUACACAUCCACACACAAGCACAUACUCUUAGCUGCUAAGGCAGCGCCGUUGGUGAGUUUGCACAUGACUGGCAUGGCGGCGGCGCGGCUCGCCGUGGCCCUCCUACUGCUGGCGACGGGCUGUGCGGGGCGCGACAUCGUCGUCGGCGGCCGCGGCGGGUGGACGGCGAACCCCGCCGAGCCGUUCAACCACUGGGCCGAGCGCAAUCGCUUCCAGGUCAACGACCGCCUCGUGUUUAGGUACAAAGGGCAAGAGGACUCGGUGCUGGUGGUGAGCCAGAGCCACUACGAUGCAUGCAACACCAGCGACCCCUUCAUGCGCCUCGGCGGUGGCGAAUCCGGCUUCGUCCUCUCCCACUCCGGCCCUUACUUCUUCAUUAGCGGCGACGCCGCACGCUGCCAGGCCGGUGAGCGCCUCAUCGUCGUCGUCCUCGCCGUGCGUACCCCUUCGCCUGCUCCUUCAACACCGCCGCCACCACCCAAGUCACCCCCCUCGUCGCCGCCUCCCGCUCCGGCAGCUGCGGGGAAUUCUUCUACGUCGCCACCACCGGCGCUAGCUCCGCCGGCUGCGGGAAAUUCUUCCACGUCGCCACCACCAGCGCUUGCGCCGCCGGCUGCGGGAAAUUCUUCCACUUCGCCGCCUCCGGCGCUAGCGCCGCCGGCUGCGGGGAAUUCUUCCACGUCGCCACCUCCAGCAAUAGCGCCGCCGCCGGUAACGAAUGGUACGGUGUCGCCACCGCCGAGUUCGCCAUCGUGCGCGUCAGCCUUGCGGGGCGGUUUCUUGGCGUGCCUCGUGAUAGCCGGAACCAUAGUGCUAGCUUGAUUUGGUCGAUCGGUCCCUCCUGCUGCAUUGGAUUGUGUUUGAUUUGUUUCCAUUGGUAUAUCUCCAAAUUUUAGGAUUCUGUCGGAUCAAAUAACAUUGUUUCCUUAUUUCAUCGUUAUAGCGCGAGUAAGGGUAUGUAAUCUUUCAUACUGUAGUAUGUAAUUCAGCCAUUACGCCAGAUAAUUAAGAUGGGUGAUUUUGCUUGUUGAA